AUGUACUACGCCGUACGGACACAAGUCACACGUCGCGGUAAACAAACGAGGUAAUAAUAUAUUUCCAGAUUGCCCAGUCUAUCCAGAUACUCGACCCAAAGGAUUUAUUAAAUAACGACUAGAGGGAUCUUAUGAUUUCCGAAAAAUCUCCAAUUGUAAACUUUGUAACAAUAUUAAUUAAAGACCUCGCGGUGUGUAAUUUCCUGCAUUGGCUUCACUGAAAUUCAACGAUCAAAAAAUAUGUCGAAGUAUUAUACCUCUCUGUUAUCAAAUCCACGGUAAAAUAAUACCACAACAGCCAGCUACUCAAAGGAAUAACAAGUACAGUGUCUUCGUAUUAAUUAUACGGUAUAUAACUUAGCCACAGAGACUCGGCCUGUACGUUUCUCUGAUAUUAGUUAUAUUUAGCCUAUAGACAAUAGUCAAUAAUAGACACCGCGCAUAAUAAAUAUAAACUUGAUAAACAGCCUUGAAUUGUGACAUUGCCAUUGGCUUUACUGUGAUUGAUGUUCUUUAUAAUAAUAUAAAUACAAUAGGAUUUUUAUUUUGUAAAGUAUAUACGGAUUUAUAUAAAAGUAUGCGGGCACCAAACUCUAAAAUGUUAUGUCUAUAUUGUGAGUAUGACUGGGCUUAUCCAUUCAAUGCAUGUAUACAGCUAUAGAUAUUCGCAAUAUACAUGUCAUUUGUGUAUAUCAGCAAAAAUUAUAUUUUUAUACUGUAUAUAUUGCUGUUAUUCUUUUGCUUCAUUCAUGCAUGGAGGCUAUACUAUCUGUUGCAAAAAGGACAGCGCAUGCAUGCGUAUUGCCCAUUGGCAUUGAAUCCCGAGGCUGAGAAUUUUUUUAGUACAUUUACCUGAGAAUUUUUAUACUUUACAACGUAUACCCACUCUCCUAAAGUUUUCAAAAAAAGCGAUGAACUGCAUUCAAAGAUAGAUCACAGACAGUCUUCCUGUUUUAAUUUUUUACCUGUAAAGUAGGCAUUCUAUCUGUUUAGCUAGAGGCCAAAUGUUUCACAUUGGCUUACAAACUCGUGAUAUAGUUACUUUUGAAAAUUAUCAACUUUCAACAAAACAAGACGCGUACCGACAAUUUUAAGUAAAUCAGUUCAAAGCCUAUCAAAAUUUGCAAACAACAAUUAACAAAUCUAAUGGCAUAUUUUUUAUAGAAAUAUUAGAAAUAUAAAAACAGUUUAAACAACUGUCAACUGACUAUCAUGACAGAUAUGAUACGAAACAUCUUCAACACACGCGAUUUUCUAGCUUUGUUGACCUGACUGUUGAGAACAUUUUAAAAUGUUUUAAUUUAUAAUUAAAAAGCAAACAGAAAAACACAAAAAUUAGCAGGCAUUUCAAACCAUGUUUCACAAAAAUGACGAAAUAUAAUUCGGAUAACUCUGAUCCUCUCCUUGUAAUGGAAGUGUAACGUUUCGUGGCACUGGAGUGCUUUUUAGGAAUAAUUUGACUGUUAACAGAGUAUCCGCUGCAGAACUCCGAUCUUUUGAAUACUCUGAGUGGAAUAUAAUAGCAGGGUCCCGGCGUAUUCGCGUAGUCGUUGUCUACAGAAUACCAUACUCCGAUAUUCAUCCCGUAUCUACCACAAUAUUUUUUGAUGAGUUUGCUAAAUUCCUUGAAUCUGCGGUCCUCUGUACUGACCAGCUCUUGAUAACUGGUGACUUCAAUAUACAUGUUGCUGUAACUGAUGACGAUGAUGCUGUCAAACUUCAGGAGCUACUCGAGAGUACAGGUCUACAGCAACAUGUCAAUGUCCCAACUCAUAUCCGUGGACAUACCCUUGACCUCAUAAUAACAAGACGUUCCGAAAAUAUGGUUACUUCUCCACCUCGAACUGAUUGUAUAUUCUCAGAUCAUAUGCCUGUUCAUUGUAACCUUCUAGUUAACAAGCCUCGUCUUAAGAAAACCCAUAUAUCCUGCAGGAAAGUUAAAUCCAUCAAUGUCGAUGCUCUCUGCAACGAUCUCUCCAACUUAGAUCCCUGCAAGAACAUGCUUUCUAUGGAGCUCAAUGAUACAUUGUCAUCAUCAUUGGAUCGACAUGCGCCUGUGAAUCACAAAACAGUUGUAAAAAGACCAACCGUUCAUACAAAGGAAUAG